CCGCCGAGGAAAGCUGGACUUUGAGCAUUUCAUCACUCGCAGAAUUUAUCUGAGGCAAAUCUGACCCCUUGAAGCAACAGAUUCCCUUCUUUACCGCCUCCAUUUGAUUCCAGCUCCUUGGUUAUUCGCUUCAUGUACGCCUGAGCUAGCCUCAGCGAGCUGUAUUUUAGCUGCAAAAAUAGGGAGACAAGACUCCGUUCUGAUUGAUCUUGUUGCCCAUAUGAGACUCUCUCUUCGUGAGGGCACGAUACAACUCUACAACUUCUGGAGCACGCCUCACGGACCUUUUUCCAAGUGUUGUUUUUGAUGGAAGUGGUGGAGGCGGUGGCGGCUUUAUUGCUGUAGAUUGUUCUUUGACCAUUGGCUUCAGGUUUGGAUUCUUUACCUCAUGACCCUUAAAAUUGGAUUUGACACUCUCUGGAGCUUUCAGAUUAGAUGCGUCUGUGUUGCCACUAUCAUAUGAGCUCUGCAACUUCUUCCAUAACAUUGAUUUCCUCUCAUUGUCAUGUGCUUUAAGAUUGCUUACUUGUGCUCGUAGGCGAGCCACUUCUUGACGCAGCUCGUGAUUUUCCUUCUCCAGUUUAUCGUUCCUCAUUAGAGAAGCUUGAAGCUCCUUCACGAGACGCAUAAGAUCCGAAUCAUCCUCUCCAUUUGGCUAAGUUAAAAGAUCCUCUGGGCCCGCAAAUAAGUUAGAGACAUGGAUCGAUCACUACAAAACACACACGCGAAACUCAUGUCACGCGACAUCCACCGCCUGAGACCAUCACCGACAGAAGCCAACUGUUUCUCCCUGGGAGGCAUCUCGUGGGUCUCACGCGUAGAGACAGUGGGCACGAUCGUCUCUCGCGACAUGACCCCGAACUUCCUCAAGUUCAGUGUUGACGAUGGCACUGGCUGCGUCACGUGCAUCAUGUGGCUCAACCAACUCACCUCUCGUUACUUCAACCGGCUCGACCAAUCCACGAUUCUGCUGUACUCUAGGGCCGCUCGUAAACAAGCAGCAGAGGUCAGAAUCGGAGCCGUAGCUCGCGUUCGUGGCCGCGUCGGCUUGUACAGAGGAGUGAUGCAGAUCACGGCGACUGUUGUGGUCACCGAGAGAGACCCCAACGCUGAGAUCUUGCACUGGUUGGAGUGUGUAAGGCUCGGUCGAAGCUGUUAUCGGAUUCGAAGUUAAUUACGUAGUUAAGAGAUGUUUUCAAGUGUAACUCAUGGACCGACCAACUGAAACUUCUUUCUUUUAUGUCUUAUUGAAAUCUAGAACUGAUAACCCCCUUGUGUAAGUUCUAAAUUUUGAACAUUAUUUUCUAGU